AUGGAGACUAAGAUUGGAGGAUUUCUCCCGAUGCGGAUCGCUAAGCUGGCAGUGAAAGCAGUUUCCAUUUUCAGAAACAUUGUGCUUGUAGGCCCUACUUGCAUCAAGAAUCGUGUGUCGACAUUUGUAUCUUUUCUUCACUUUCACCAUCUUGCCAAAAAGCUAGCAGAGAAGAAGCCCACUGUAGAGAAGGAGGAGAAAGCUCCUGUAGAAAAGAAGCCAAAAGUAAGGAAGAGGCUUCCAAAGGAAGGAGGAUCGACUGAAGAUGAGAAGAAGAAGAAGAGAUCGAAGAAGAACGUUAGAACUUACAAGAUCUACAUCUUCAAGGCCUUGAAGCAAGUCCAUCCCGACAUUGGGAUCUCCGGCAUGCCCAUGGGAAUCAUAAACAACUUUAUUAACGACAUCUUUGAGAUGCUGGCCCAGGAAUCGUCAAGGUUGGCUCACUACAACGAGAAACCCAUCAUCACAUCGAGGUAG